AUUGAUGUGUUUUUGUGGUAGACCGACCGGACUACUACAGUGAAAUUAAUUUUGCAUUGCAACUAUUUGAGCAGUUUUCCUCCGUGAAAAGAAGUGUGUUUUUCGAAGUGAACAUAAAACUUGUUGCUACUCGAACCCUUACGAUCUGAAAACAAAGAUUUUGUAAAAUGCCACCUAAGAAGAAAACCAAUGGAUUCAUGGUAUUUACCUUUGAAUGGAAAGAAAAGUACGGCAGACACAUGAGCCUUGCCCAAGCAACAACGGAAGCAGGCAAAAUCUGGGCGAAUAUGAACCCUCAAGAACGUGGCCCAUACAACGAAAAGUCGAAAAACGAUAGGAUAUCUGCGAAGAACGCAAAUGAUAAACUGACCUGCACUGGAGUUCCGAUUCAGCAAAUUGAGAAGGCUAAGCUAGAGGAGGAACAAAGCAUACGGUCUAUGAAAAAGAACAUCGAUAAGAUUGUUCGCGAAAGUUUAAAGAGAAACGAACUAGCCGAACAGAAAUACUACUUUAUAAUGGUUAACUACUUUACAAAAACUCUCCAGGGCGGAGUCUAUCUACCAGCCGAAGUUUCUCUUUGUCAGUAUUCUUUAAAGGAUGGACUUUGUCACAAGUUUCAUUCUUUCGUCAAUCCAGGUGUUAAUAUCUAUGGCCACACUUAUGAAGCUCAGCAACAUUCUGACACUACGCACCAAUUGCCACUACCACCGAACGCAAUGGGCGAACAACAACUAGGAAAGUUGUAUAAUUUAAUUCUACACUUCAUUCGUCCAGAUGAUGACGGAGAAUAUCCACCCGUUUUUACUAAUGCCGAAAGUAUGCAGAUUGUUGAAUCUGCAAUGAAUUUUAUAAAAGCCGACGCUGGAGCUAAUAACGUUGACUUGAAAAUCUAUUCAAUUCAAUAUCUCUUUUACACACUUAAAGAGGCAACUUGUGAAGUUGGAGAAGUUGAAAAACCUGCGUCGAUUUUUGUAACCGAUGCAUAUUUCGAUCGGGAUAUUUUUGAAUACAUGGUCGGGAUUGCUUGUGAUUUUCAUGAAAAAAAUGAUAAAAGUAACUACUGCACUCUAUCAUGUGUAACUCGUUGGUGCUAUAUGUUCUCCGAGUAUAUGACGUCAGACUUAGCAAUCAAGUGUAUUCCUGGACGCCAUCUACCGGCAAGUACAAGAACAGAAACAUCGCUACCAGCAUUUAGUGACACUGAGUCAUUCAUCUCAAUGGGCAGUGAAUCAACUUAUGCCACCAAAGCCCUUUCCGAACACAGGACCUAUUAUGACGAUCAAAAGUCUACUGUUUCUAGUCGUGGUGCAAAGUUCAAUAAUUAUGAUUUCCCAGAUUUGACAGGAAGGCCCCGAAAAAAGCCACACUCACAACAACAACAACAACUUCAAGAUUACAGUUCAUACAUGGACAAAGAUGAAGAAGACUCGGUUGUUAAUCAUUGGGCAGAGCGCUCACGCCGAGUUCCGCCACAGCCUGAUAAAUCGGAAUUUAAAAUUGAUGUUACGGAUAGUAAAAGUAGAUUAACGGACCUAAAUGAUACCGAUAAUGAAAGUACGUUGAGCUUUGGUAGAGGACGCAUAAAGACAAGCUUUGGACGAGGUAAUUCAUUUUCAAAAUAGAUUGCCAAGUGAUAUUUAUGACCGCAUAGUCAAAAAACUUCUUAAGGAUCAAUCCAAGUUGUGGAUAUUGUUUUUUUUUACUAUUACGUUUACUGUAUGAAUAUUUUUUUUAUUUUUAAAUAAAAGUUUUGUCUUGUGUGCAAGUUCCAUUAAACUUCCAAACCAAA